AAAAACAAAAACACUUCAAAAACACGCAGUACUUACACUUGGUUUGUGUGGCCUCUUCCAUGACUUUGCCCAGCAAGACUCCACAAUGUUUUAAAGCUGCUAAAAUGGAACCUGCCAUGACAAAUUCCUCCACAAGGCGUCACUCACUUCUCCGUCAAAGUUACUGAGCGAGCGUUGCAUCUUUCAUGUGACAACGGAGCGUCGAUGCAUACGGUUAUAAAAGUCACACAUUGUAUCAACUCGGUAGCUAUUAAAUCUACGCACACAGAAUUUGUUUUUGGAUGAGUAACGUUGGUGAAACGAUGAAAGACAGCCGACAAACAUCGAUAUUGGGCUGACUUGCUGAUGCUGGCCGAGCAGUUACUGGUGUGGGACGACGUCCCUUGCGUACGAAGAUGAACAAAUUACAAGACGGUUAACACCCUGCUGCAGAUUGCCGUCGUACUCCCCCCCCCCCUCCCUGUCAAAAAAAAACAAAAAAAAAACGCCCGAAGAAAUGUCAGUGAUAUUGUCUUGAUAUUAACGUUGUGACAAUUACGAGACUUCUCGUUGGUUUCAAGCGAUUAAUUCUUUUUCAAAGUGCCGAUUAAAACGGUAUUAACAGGCAUGGAGUCAACGCCAGUGAAACCGGAUGUCCGAGGGGGUUAUCAUCUCACUUUGAACUUUGUGCGAGGACGCAGAUUCAGUGUGGCUUUUUGGUUUAUGUUUGUCAAGGAUGCUGGUGAAGAAAGUAGUCCUCAACUCCAGACCAGGGUCAAAUCGGGUGCCAGAUCCUGGAAAUUUCCGCCUAGAGGAGACAACUCUCGCACCUGGUUUGGAAGAGGAGGAAGUGCUCGUUCGGACCCUUUACCUUUCAGUUGACCCUUACAUGAGAUGCAGGAUGAAUGAAGACAGCGGUGCGGAAUAUCUGACGCCGUGGAAGCUGUCGGAAAGCGUGGACGGCGGCGGGGUCGGCGUGGUCCAGUCCAGCCGCCACGACGCCUAUCGAGAGGGGGACGUGGUCACCUCCUUCACUUGGCCCUGGCAGACCCACGCUGUGGUGAAAGGAAGCAUCCUACAGAAGGUGAAUCCGUCACUGGUGGACGGCCACCUUUCCUACUUCCUCGGGGCGGUAGGCAUGACGGGCCUCACGGCGCUGUUGGGCAUGAGAGAGAAGGGUCACGUGAUCCGAGGAGCGAAUCAGACGCUGGUGGUCAGCGGCGCCGCCGGGGCCUGCGGCUCUGUGGCUGGACAGAUCGGACGAUUGGACGGUUGCUCCAGGGUGGUCGGGAUCUGCGGUUCCGAGGACAAGUGCAAGGCACUGGUGGAACGGUUGGGCUUUUCCGGGGCCAUCAACUACCGGCUGCAGGAUGUCACCGCGGGGCUGCGAGAAAACUGCCCCGACGGCAUCGACGUCUACUUUGACAACGUGGGAGGAGACGUCAGUGACGCUGUCAUUGCGCAGAUGAACGAGGGCGGCCACGUGAUCCUGUGCGGUCAGAUCUCCCAGUACAACAAGGAUGUGCCGUACCCGCCGCCCCUUAGUCAGGAAACACAGGAGAACCUGCGCAGGAAGAACAUCACCAGAGAAAGGUUCAUGGUACUCAACUACAUGAGCCAAGCCCAAGACGCCCUUUGUGAACUGGGCAGCUUGGUCACCUCCGGACAACUCAAGGUGCUAGAAACAAUUGAGAACGGCAUCGAAAACAUGGGAGUUGCCUUCUGCUCCAUGAUGAAAGGGGGAAACCUCGGCAAGCAAAUCGUCAAGAUCUCCCACUGACUAAGCAAUAAAUAACACUCGUGACAACAACU